AUGACAGAGAAACUUCUGGUGCUUGACGAUCUCACUUCUCUGGCUGCUAUCAACAGUACAAAUCUUCCCGGUCUCUUGUCCUCGUUUAUCGGACCAUCAUGUUCGCUCCUCGCCCUUUACCAUCUGGAUGUCCCGUUGCCUACUACAAAAUCCGCUCACGAUCCAUAUGCCCCUUCCACUCUGACUUUGCUCAGAUAUCUGGCCACGACGAUCUUUACUGUACACUCUUUACACCACGUACUUGCCAGAAAGGCUGCUCGCGAACGAAGUCAUGCUGAGCCCAGUUUUGGUCUGGAUCAAGGCGUAGAGGGUGUUCUGCAGGGACUCGGGGCCAAUGGUGUGGAAGAUGUCGUGGUUGAGAUGGAGCAUAGACGUAAGAGUGGACGGGGUGUACGGGAGUGGUAUUUCUUACCUCACUUCAAGUCGGCACCGGCUUCUUCGACCUCAUCAACACGGCCGAAGGAGAUUGUGAUUCUUCUGGAGGAUCACGCCCAGUAUCGAUCACCGGAGCCGACGACCGGUGGCGCUCCCACGGAAGGCGUUGAGGCAGAUACCACCUUUGAGCUUGGUCUCACGGAGAGGCAGAAACGAGACCGUGAGGGUGUUGUGCUUCCAUACUUCGAUGCACAGAACGGCGGCGGUGAUGGUGGGAGAAUUUUAUACGAUUUGGGCUCUGAAGACGACUUUGACGAAGAUGAGGAUGAGAUAUAG